AUGGUUGCAGAACGCAAGAAAGAUUAUUGCUCUAAUGAGGUAUUGGAAGUGAAUUCCAAUAUGGACAUUGAAGAUCAGGGUAUAACAACAAUUGUUUCUCCUCAUACAGGUAAAGUGGUCAAUAUAACGGACGUGGACGAAGCAAUGAAAUAUGUUGAUAACGAAAAGGUGAUUGAAAUUGACGAAGAGACCAAUAGGAAGAUUCUUCGUAAAAUAGAUAUGUGCUUGAUGCCCAUAAUGUGUUUGUUAUAUUGCUUUCAGUUUAUGGAUAAGUUAUCCAAUUCUUUCGCUUCUAUAUUGGGGUUGAGAGAGGAUUUGAAUAUGGUCGGUGACAUGUAUUCAUGGACCGGAACGUCAUUUUACCUCGGAUAUUUGGUUUUUGAAUUCCCAGCUUCGAUGUUAUUGCAGAGGUUCCCUGUUGUCAAGACAGUAUCUGUUUUUAUUAUUAUUUGGGGAGUUAUAUUGUGUUUGCAUUCUAUUCCACAAUAUGCGGGUUUCAUUGCGUUGAGAACAAUAUUAGGAAUGCUUGAAAGUUCGGUCACCCCUGCAUUUGUCAUCUUGACAAGUCAGUGGUAUAAGAAAGAAGAACAAUUUAUCAGAACAGCUUUAUGGUUUAGUUGUAAUGGAAUUGGCAUGAUAUUAGGCGCUGGUGCAAUUGCAUAUAAUGUUCAUGCUGAUCAAGCAAAGUAUUCUUUGGAAGCGUGGAAGCUUAUUUUCAUCAUAACUGGAUGUUUAACAAUUUUUUUAGGAUUCAUUAUUAUGAUUCAUUUCCCUGAUACACCAACUAAAGCAUGGUUUUUAAAUGAUGAAGAAAAGAGACUCGUUGUAGAAAGAAUUAGAACCAAUCAGCAAGGGUUUGGAAACAAACGCUUCAAGAAACACCAAUUUAUUGAAGCACUUAUGGAUAUUAAAACAUGGUUGUUCUUUAUAUUUGCAAUUGCAAAUAAUAUACCAAAUGGUGGUAUAACAAAUUUUGGUAGCAUUUUAUUGACAGGGAUGGGUUACUCUCCUGCCGAAGCAUUAUUGAUGCAAAUGCCUUCGGGUGCCGUUGAAGUUGUUGGAUGUACCUUGUUGGCUUGUGGAGUUUUAUUUUAUCCCUAUCGAUUAUUUUGGGCAUCAGUUGGAAGUGCUAUUGUAAUUAUAUCAGAGUGCAUGUUGGCAUUCAGUUCCAAUGUGAAGGUGCAGUAUGCUGGCUUUUGUUUAUAUACAUUGUCACCUAUUGGAUUUAUUUGUUUGUUAUCUAUUAUUGCUUCUAAUGUGGCGGGCCACACUAAGAAGGUUACAACAAACGCUAUUUACUUAGUUGGUUACUGUGUAGGUAAUUUAAUAGGGCCACAGACAUUUAUAGACAGGCAGGCACCUGAGUAUACAGGUGCUAAAAUAUCAAUUGUGGUGAACGGUUGUGUUUCUUUAGUGGUUCUUAUUUUAAUAUGGUAUGCUUAUUGGGCGGAUAAUAAGAAGAGGGACGCCAGAUCCAAUAAUGAUAAAAUUGUCGAACAUCUUGAGUUUUCUGACUUAACUGAUAAAGAAAACCCGGCCUUUCGAUAUGAAUUAUAG